CGGCGGGACCCCCGCGAUCAGACAUCUUAUCCCCUAUCCUUUGGAUAGGGGAUUAGAUGUCUUGGGGCCGGAGUACCCCUUUAAACCAUGUCAGUGCUUUCUAUAUUUUGCAUGUCUGUGUAAAAUUAAUCAACCGUUCGCAAGCUUGUUGAUAAAUUUUGCUCAAACAUAGACAUUCCCUCAUGUUUCUACCGUCCGACACAUUGGCACGCGCACUCCUCGGUGUUCUAUAUUUGCGCAAAAUCUUUUGCCUUCGUGCAAAGUUUUAAUAUCUAAACAAAAAAUGCGCAAAAGUAAAUUAGUGUGUAAAGCAUUUUUCUUUCUACGGUACACGAGCACGUAGGGUAAGGGAUAAGAUGUCUCAGGGCCGGAGUACCCCUUUAAAUGAUUUCUACCUCACACCGACAUUGAUAAAUCUCCCCCUAUGUCCCACGUGCCCCUUAGAUACAACAAAAAGUAAAACAAAAGUGUCGACUUUCUGCAAAUUUUUUUUUUUUUACAAAGAUAACAGAGGGAAACAUAGAGGUGGCUGUGGCCCUGUUAUCAGGACGAGGCAGGCGCUGGUUAUCGCCGCUUACAGGGAAUUUCUCUGAAUUAUUUUUUUUCGAUUCAUAUAACACAAACAAAGUGAGUAAUUCUCAGGUUGGUGCGGAGGUUGAGCACCGUUCUCUCAGUUCCCUGUCACUCACACGUGUGGUUUCCUCUACGUUUCAAAGACUUUCCACGUGACUUACUUGAAAUGAUCUACAGACUUCAUUCCAAGAAGAAGAAGAAGAAGCGGAGGUCGCAGCGAUAAAGCUCGGAUCUCUCAUGACAGCCCCGCACUCCGCAUUACCUGGUCCGACGCUGCCCAUAGCCUCAAGAGUUUGGGGUGUUGGAGUGCCGGUACUGCCCCCCUUGUGGAGCCAGCUAUAGCAGACAUUUUUUUUUUACAUUGUUACCUCACAAAACAGCCGAGUUUGUUACAGAUUCCAUAUGUGGCUGGUUUAUAGUAAUGGCCUACGUAUCAUAGGUCUAUAGUUGAGGGUCCCGGUCUCAUCGUGGUGCUGGUCUUCGAUUUUCUUGGAAGUUGCAUCCCAUCACCGAGUGUUUUGUGGGCACCACCUCCGUCUCCUCCCACCUAUGGUCUACUGGUCCUUCAGUCAUCUCAUGCGUCCUCAUUGACUUCUGAGCUCCUCAGUCUAUACAGGAUGUCACAGCCGUCACCCUCAACAAGCAGUUCUUACCCUAGGAGCACGCACAACACGUCCGGAUCCGAAGCGGAUGUCCUAUCCCAGAGGACCAGACUUCGCUGACAUAGUGAGGAGCCAUCCGGGCGUCAAGUUCUGCAGAGAGAAGUUUUAGCUGGACCCGGCGGUACGGAGAAGAAAUACAUCUGGCACUACCACAUAUUCACCGUAUGAUGCGGGGUUCAACAGGUACACGGAUGAUCACUCCACAAGGUCCGGACGGUGCUCAAAGCAGACCAGCAGCAGCAGAGGGCUCAGAUGUAUGUGACAGAAAAGUGCGAAGGAGAGAGAAAAACAGAGUGGCCGCGCAGAGAAGCCGCAAAAAACAGACACAGAAGGCUGACAAACUACAUGAGGAAUAUGAAUGUCUGGAACAAGAAAACUCUUCAUUGAAAAAGGAGAUUGGGAAACUUACAGAUGAACUCAAACACUUGAGUCAGAUCCUGAAGGACCAUGAACAGAUGUGCCCGUAUCUGCACUGCCCAGUGAACUUUGUGACUGUGCCCAGACUGACAGAUCCUGUAGCCGGAUGCCUACCCCGAUGACUUCCAUCCAUGCCCCAAGACUUGGCUAUUAUUGGGAUUAAACCAUUGGGAGUAAAUGUGAAGCUUUUGGGACGUGACGUGAAGAUGUCCACACUAUAGGAUCACACAGGACAGUUCCUGAGGACAAGUCAAUGAUUACUACUGACUUUAUUUAUGACUUUCUACUAAAUGUAAUAGGUGAAUAUGCUAAAUAUGUCAUUGAUAGGAUAGAACGUAAAGCACAAAACUUUUCGACUCAUGUCGUUUCCAGGUCUUAAAUUCAGUUUUCCUGUGGCCACCACUAGAGGAGGUUUGGCGUUUAUGGAAUAUAAUUGUUAUAGUAAUAAUAUUAAUAAUGAUAAUAGAUUUUAUAUAAUUAAGUUCACUGUAUAAACAGUAUACAGUAAGUGCCCCCUAGUGGUGACUGCAGGCAGCCAAAAUGUUAUCAUUUACCUCUAUUUCUAUGAAGGGGAUCUGGAGCUCUGUAUCAGAGAUAUUGACCACUAUUUCUUCUAUAAAAUGAGAAAUGAUUUAGAACAAAAGUUCAGACUUUCUAUUUCAUUACUUUACUAGUUGAGUAGAGUCGCCCGGUCUUCCUACUAAAGCUUGUGGGAGAGGAAAAGCAACAAGUAGAAAUAUAUUACAAUUUUGGGGGAGUACUGUGACUCUGUACUGUGUACUGCCUGCCAUCCAGCUUUCUCAGUCUCCUGAAGAGAAUAUCUGUCUGAUAAAGCAGCCAUAUUGGAGGUCAUUAGCAAAGCUGGGUGGCAUCCUUUCCCAGUCUCCUGAAGCAACAGGAGUAAUAGGUUGUUUGUCCUCCUCGCACUCCUCACUGCAGCACCGCUGCCAUGCUCUCCCCCUGCCCCCGUGCUAAUGUCUUCUCUCCCCCACUCACUCUUUCUUUAGCCCCCAAUAAAUCUUAUCUCCUCCAGCUGCCCCAUCACCUCUUCUUGUACCUGCGCUAACUAUUCUCUGAACCCGUCUGCCAGACAAUUAAAUCAUACAUUACCAUGACACUGGU